GCGGCCUGAGGCGACGCCGGCGCGAGCCCUGAGGCGAAGGGCGGGGCAGGGGGGUGAGAGAGACCCCGAAAGGGCGGGAAAACCCUAGUGGCACUGAGGGGAGCGCAGCAUACCCCCCUUCUCUCCUGAGAUUUACCAAGCCGUCAAGAUGAAUAAAAGGAAGAAAAAACUACCAGAAGAAAACAACGAACUCAAUGUUUCCAAAGCAAAAAGAAGCCUUAGGGAGAACUCCCAGCUGACAGCAGAGAAUAAUUUUGAAAUAGCAAUACCUCAAUCCAAUGAUUCCAAAAGAAAAUCAAAACCAACUACAGCAGGAACAAAGCAGGAAUGGGAAGAGAACAGCCAGGAAAACACUGAAGCUUUGGCAGUAAACUUGCAAACAAGCUCAGAUGAUGAAGAAAGAAAGACUACCACUGAGCUGAAACAGUUAAGUCAGGCAAAGGAGUUUAUUUCUCUUCCUUUAUCACAAACACUAAUGAUGCACAAACUUCAGGAAAUAUUAGAGUCUAAUCUCCAAUGCACAGACAGCAAUCCGGCAUGUGAGUCCUCAGAAGCAGAUAUGCAGGAAGCAAAGUUCCCACCAGAAUCAUUUCAGUUGAUGGGGACCAAAGGGCAAGAAGCUGGAGAUAUGGUAAUUUCUCACUGUCAGAAAUGUACUAGUGAAGGGCUGGAUGUUAAAACUCAAAACCAGCACAAGAUUAAAAACAUAAGCAAUGAGGCUGCUAUGGUAGGUGAUUCUCACCAAGGAACAGGGAUAGCAUUUAAUUUACAAGAAGACAACUGUGACAAAAACACCUUCGUGGAACUUGUUCCCUUAUUUCUAGAUACUUUAUAUCAUAAGGAUGCAGGCAGUCAUGAAAACAGGAACCUAUCUCUAGGGUCACUUGAAUGCCCCAUUGAAAAGGAUGUGAGCUGUAGUAUACUAAGAGAACACAGAAUUUCUGACAGAGGUAAAGGCAAUCAAAAUGAAGACCUUCUGAAUAGUUGCCUUGAGAAUGUGGACCAAAAUAAACCUACAGAGGAGGAUGAAAUUGCCAUAAAAUUAGACAACUUUGUUAAAGAAGAAAAAGAGACUAAAAAUGUUCAUGGGGAAGUCAUAGAUCUGAUGGAUACAAGCAUCAAAAGCAAAAUGGAGAGCAACCUAAUUAAACCUCAAUUUUUAGUAGAUUUAAACAUCACCACAGAUAAAGAAAAGAACAACUCAUGCACAAGGGGCAGAGGAGAAGAGCAAAGCAGCAGUGACAAAGGAGCAGAGCAGAACAGUCCAUUCAAAGAUGGCAAAGCUGCAGAACAAAACAGCCUUCACAGCAGUGGCAAAAUUGCAGAACACAGCAACCUGUGCAGCGCUGGUAAAAUUGCAGAUCGAAGCAGCUCAAAAAGCAGUGGCAAAGCCACACAGCAAAGUAGUCCAUGCAUAAGUGCUGAAGUUGUAGUAGAGCAAAGAGCCAAUUGCAAAGUCACAGAGAAAAGCAGCCCACAGAGCAGUGGCAGAGUCUUGGAGCAAAAGAGCCUGCAAAGCAGUGGUAAAGUUGCAGAGCAAAGCAGCCCUCACAACAGUGGCAGAGUCUCGGAGAAAAUCAGCAGUGACAAAGACAGAGAUAUUUCUGGGAAGGAUUUUCUUAGUAGUACUCAAUCCAUGAUUGUUGAUCUGAAGAUGGAUGUAGAGAUUACUGAAUCAAAAAGCAUACAAGCUAUUGAACCAAUCAGUCUAUUCUGCCUACAAACUGAAGGGUGUGGUCACUCAGAGUGCAGCAACACCUCACUGCAACCAGCUUUUUACACUGGAGAGAGUGAUACAGGCAAAGAAGAGGCAGAAAAGAAGAGUGAGACAUCUGUAGGCACCAGAGAAGAAUCUGACCCAAAUGCUUCAACCCUCUUGAUUGAUAAUAGCUUUAUAUGUGAGAACAAUCAAGAAGACUACAUCACUUUGGAGUGGUGGAAGGAAAAUGGAAAUGAGAAGGUGAGGCCUGAUAGGAAACAGUCACCAGUUAGUAUCUGUGACGCAAGACCUAAUUUAUUAGAAGUGAAACAGUCAAAUACAGAGAUUGUUCCAGAGGCAGGAAUAAAAUCUUCUCCCCUUUCAUUUGGCCUCCCGUUGAAUGUAAAAAACAAUGAAGAAAUGGUCAUUUGUGAGAAAAAUAAGAUGGACCUUGUUCCCAUGAAAAAUUGUCUUUCCCCUAUAGAUGUUCUUGAGCAACUGGAAAGAGAAAAGGUGAUACUCAAUCAUAAAAGAGAAACUGAUGCUAAUUCAGGUGGCUGGAAAUCUCUUUCUGCAGCAGAUACAGGUUUGCCUAGUGGUGUACUGAGGGAUCCUUCCCCUGUGGACCAAACCUGCUCACCUUGGGAAGAUGCACUUUCUCUGGAUCUAGAAUUGUUGCCUGACAACCAGUUACAGAGUGUCCUUGAAGAUAACAGAAUUGAAUUUUCACUGCAGCAGUCGACUGAUAAUGAACACCCACAGGGAUCUGGAGUCUUUAAAGAGGCUGAAGUACAGAAAAAGCAGACAGUCGGGAAGGUUUAUUGCUCAUGCCCUGAAGGGAGCGACAAAUAUUCUGUAUGCAGUAAAAAAAUGGAAGGAGAUCUAGGACUGUGCAUCAAAUCAGAACCAAAUAAUAGCAUUGUUUGGUUUAACGGUUUAAAUGGCCAGAGGUUUUGUUCUGUUCUGGUGUUGCUUUUACUUUCCUACAUUUGGCAUUUUGUACCUUAUUCUUAUUUACACUAAGGCCCCUUGACACCACUCUAGCCAUGUUAAGUCUCUUUUUUACUGCCAGAAUUGAGUAAUGAGGCUGUAGCAUAAAUGAGAAUAAGGCCCAGUGUCUUAGAGCCAAAUUCUUGCUGGCCACUGGCUGAUUGCAGUACAGGAAUAAUAUCCACCCAUCUCCUGCCUCCCCAAAGGGCACAUAUACAGAGUUAAAAAAAAAAAACAGUUUUAUGCUCAAAUUCUGGUUGUAAACCCUUGAUCUUUCCCUUCCAACCUUGUCCAGACUAGAAUUUAAAGGUGAAAUGUUGAGCCAUUCUAGCUACCAUGUCUGAGAAGCCUAGGGUAGACAAGGCAGCAUAUACAUGCUAAACUGUUCAAGGUAAACCCUAGUCUCCCCACUUAAGACUUCAUCUCAAUCAGUUUAGCAUGUGUUUAAGGUCCUAGAUUUUUCAACAUACCUUUCAUCCUUAUCUAGGCCAGGCCUCCAUCACUUCUGCUAUGGAGCCCUUGCAGAGCAGGCUUUCUUCAUGUUUUCAGAGGAAACCAGAACUGAGGUGCUCUUUUCAGUCCUGUGACCCUGCAACAGCCUGGAUUUGUGCUGUAUUUUUCUGGUAUAAAUUAUGCAAAACUUUGGCCCUUGAAUUAAAAGUGAAACUGUUUACCAGCUGUUUUAAAUCUAUAAGGGAUGGCAAACCUGAAUGUUGAUACUAUUUAUUUUCUUUCCUCUUUUCAUUCUGUGUGCAAUAAAAUAAAUACUAGUUGAACACAAUCUUCAUAAUCCAUGGAUGAGUCUUCAAACAUUUCAGUACUUCAUUAUCCCUAUAAUAUCAUGCACCAUUGGUUUAAAAAAAAAGACAAUUAUAUAAUACAUUUUUUUACUAGUGAAACAACAUCACAUUUUCAAUAGAAUGACAACCAAAAACUGGCAAAUAAAAUAACAUUCAGAAAUAACUGGCAAAUAAAAUAAUAUAUAUGUAUAACAUAUAAAACAAUUUUCAAAGAAAAUAAAGGCAGGAAGACUUGAGACUCUGUGAGGGAAAAACAAUCAUU